AUGGUUGGAAUCCAGGCCGACCGCCUUAGAUUCCGCCAACAUAUGGCUAAUGAGAUGGCUCAUUACGCAUGUGACUGCUGGGAUGCUGAAUGCCAUACCAGUUAUGGAUGGAUUGAAUGCGUGGGCUGUGCUGAUCGGUCUUGUUUCGAUUUGAACCAGCAUUCUAGAGCUACAGGUGCCAGGCUUAUAGCUGAGCGACACCUUGACGAACCGAAAUCCGAUCAUCGAUCCAUUAAUUUAGGGACAAUUGAGUACCAAAGCAUUGGAGCUAAUGCCAAGCCUAGACUUGCCUGUAGUAUGGACUAG